GGCGGGCCGGCAGCAUCCUCUCGGGUCCCGGGCUGGAUGAGGAGCGGACAGGGAGCGGUCCUUUGAUUGCAGGGCUGCCGCCUCCUCCUGCAUGGAGCCCGGCUGCGUGCAGGAAGCGAUGGCCAUGGGAGACGUCUCCAGAAAGGCGUCGGUUCGGAACGUGGCCGUGGAGCGAAAAAACCUCAUCACCGUGUGCAGGUUUUCGGUGAAUACGCUGUUAGAGAAAUACACAGCCGAGCCAAUCGAUGAUUCCUCUGAGGAGUUCAUCAAUUUCGCAGCCAUCCUUGAACACAUCCUCAGCCACCGUUUCAAAGGCUCCGGCAGCUGGUUUGAUGGUCAGAGGAGUUACUGGGACUACGUCCGCCUGGCCUGCGCUAAAGUCCCCCACAGCUGCAUCAGCAGCAUUGAGAGCAUGGAGAACAUCAGCACCUCAUCAGCCAAGGGGCGAGCCUGGAUAAGAGUCGCCCUGAUGGAGAAGAGGCUGUCUGAAUACUUCUCUACUGCUCUGAGGGACAGCAGAAUGACCAGGAGGUUCUAUGCAGAAGGAGCCAUUGUGUUAAGAGAGGAAGCCACGGUCCUAACAGGGAUGCUCAUAGGUCUCGGAGCCAUAGACUUUAGCUUCUGUCUAAAAGGGAAGGCAUUGGAUGGGAAAUCUUCUGCGGUGAUUGACUACACACCGUACUUGAAGUUCACACAAAGCUAUGAUUACCUGAGCGACGAUGACGACCGGCAGAGCGUCGAAAGCAGCACAAGCGACGACAGCGCCCCCGAUCACCCCUACGUCCCCCUGGUCACCGACGAGGAGAGCUGGAGCACAAAGUGUCGCAAGAUGGAGCAGAGGUUCAAGAUUGUCAAUGCUCAAAAGGGUUACCUGGAGGAGCUCGUGCGCCUGCGUGAGUCCCAGCUGAAGAACACAGAAACAGAGAAAAAGAGGUUAAAGGCCCGACUGGAGGAGCUACAGGGCCACGGCACCCAGGAGAAGAAGGAGCUGGAGGCCAUCGUCUUGGAGCUUCAGGAGCAGCUGACGACCUUGAUUCCAUGUGACUCAAACCACCUGGCCAAAAACCUUUCGAUCCCUUUGGUCAACCAGUGGCCGACGCUGCAGCCGUACAACAGCCAAGACGACAUCAAGCUGUUCCGCAGGAGGAGCUUCCCCAGCACAGAGCUGCUGUCAGUAGAAAUCAGCCUGGAUUCAGACUCACAGAGAACGGAGGGGGAAAAGAAUGGAGGAGCCUGGUGCACAGAAAAGGACUACACCCCCUCCAUGAUGGGCCUCUGUGGGUCCUUGGCCUCCCUCCAGAGCUGCAAGUCUCUGGCUAGCCUCAAGUCCAGCGAGUGCCUGGUAAACAUCAGCACAGAGAACAGUCCUGCCCUCUCUCCCCGCUAGGGGGCGCCAAAGAUGCACUGCCAGCCACUUAACUGGGACAAUUCAACAUGAAUACGAAAAGACUACUUUUUGGGACAAAUGCUCUCUUUUGUGGCCCUUAUGUGAUUCCCUUUACCUUUAUGCUCUGAGCCUGGCGCUGUCUUAACGUACACUGUUUAAGCAUUUGUAAAAAAGGAGCUUCCCUGUAUGCGACUGUCAAAGAUGCAGAAAGAGCUACUCUAUUGCCCCACGGCCUCCUGCAGUUUCACUGGCUUUAAUUGUCUCCUGGAAAGCAAACAACCGGUUUAAGUCGACCUCUCUUACGUCAUGAAGCUUGAUUUUGUGCAAUUACAGUCACGUCUGCACUGGUCACAUUCAUCAAAACUCAUUGUAGGGUUGUCCUGUAUACACUUGUCCAUUUGUCUGUGUAUCUUAUUCUGCCUCUUGCAUAAUAGUGGCAGUGCAGGGUGGAUGAGUUGGUAUAAUCUUCUGGGGAACAGAAACGAGGGUUUGCCGUAUUAUGUUACACAACUAUAAGAGAGAUAAUAAAGAGGGGCUUGUACUGUGCUGAGUUAAAGUGGCCGGAGGGAUUUAUGAUGAAGAUUAUUUGGAAUUAACAGAAGCAGCUCUGUGAUAUUUGGAUAAUUUGUUUCAAUCAUAGAGUAGGUUAAAGACAGAUUUUAGGAUGUGACAUUAAAGAGCUGUUAGGCUACAAAGGUUUGAAGAGCCACUACAAUGUAAACAUUAAAAGCAGACUUAAUAUCUAUUGCAUCAUGACUAUGCAGAAUGAAUGUUUUCAUUGUCUUUUUCGACAAACCUGGCUUGAUAGAGUCGUCUUAGCAGGAGAGAAAUAGUGAAUGUUGACGUGCAAGUGCUUUUUUCUAUUGUUUUCUAUUUGUAUUAUUUUCACGAGUACUUACUUGUAUCAUUUACCAUUAUGUAAAUUGCAAUCCCAUGAAUUGCUGUUGAAAGUUGGGAUGUAUUGUAUUAUUUAAAACUGCAAUAAAACUGCCUUUUUUUCUAAACAUUA